ACGCAUCACAUCAAUCAAAAUGCCUACCAGACUCACCAAGACCCGCAAGCACCGCGGUCACGUUUCGGCCGGUCAUGGUCGUGUCGGAAAGGCGAGAAAGCAUCCCGGUGGUCGCGGUAUGGCUGGUGGUCAGCACCACCACCGCACCAACUUGGACAAGUACCAUCCCGGUUACUUCGGAAAGGUCGGUAUGAGAUACUUCCACAAGCUCCAGAACCAGUUCUGGAAGCCGGUCAUCAACCUCGACAAGCUCUGGUCUCUCGUCCCAAUCGAGCAGCGCGAGAAGUACCUCGCCAACAAGUCCGCCGACACCGCUCCAGUCCUCGACCUCCUCCCUCUCGGCUACAGCAAGGUCCUCGGAAAGGGUCGUCUCCCUCAGGUCCCGAUCAUCGUCCGCGCCCGCUACGUCAGCAAGGACGCCGAGCGCAAGAUCAAGGAGGCCGGCGGUGUUGUUCAGCUCGUCGCUUAGAUGCGUCUUGCUCGACACUAACACAACCACAAAAAGAGCUCAGAGUGAACGAAGCUGCAUGACAACGGCGUUUUGGUGGUGGGAUGUCUUUUCAAAUGGACAUGCAAGAGAGAAAAGAGCAACGGCGUCGGAGCCGGUGGGCCACGAGAACAUCACUCGGCGGCAUGGAUACCCAUAUACCCUCUCAUCAGCGUGGUGGCUGAGAGAUGUCUUCUGCCAAACGUCGAUAGACAAAAUGCAAGCAUCUCUG